GCCGUUUGAUGAGAGAAGCCCAAACCCUAAAUUAGAGUCGAAAAGGUCGGAGAAGAAAGGUUCAUGAACUCAACCGCUUCUUCGAUCUUGGGGAAGACGAAGAAGAAGCCCUAGUCCUUGGCAUCGCGGGUUCGCACCUGAUCUGUGUCCUCCGUUAUUUUAGGGCUUCAACAUCGUCGAUCGUGAUGACACGGCGGCCAUGACGACGACGGCGGAGACGAAGAGGAACAACCCGCCCGCCGGGUGCGACGACGACAUCUGCGGCGUUCGAGAUACCUGGUUGCUCCACCACAUUCGUCACCGUACCGUAUUCCGCCGCCUCUGCACUAACUGCGUCCUUCGCUACCACCCUGGCUGCUUCUGCGCUUCCUGCUUUGAUCUCCUCCUCGACGGAGGUGGCUGCCCUGUCGUCCGAUGCUCCCGGUGCCCCUCCGUAUCCCACGCAGCCUGCCUUCCCGACCCAGCUGGCCCCUUCUUCUGCUCCAUCUGUUCCGAUGCAGGUAGCUCUGCCACUUAUUUCCCUCGCAGGGCGGAGAAAUCGCUGGAUAUCAAGUUGGCUAAAGUUCUUCUUGCAGCCGCCCAGUUGGCGGCAGCAUCAAUGAGUCGAGCGGCAUCGUCUGCCAAAGCAGAUGCUGAUAGAAAGGUGAAGGAAGCAGCGAUUGCAAGGAAAAGAGCGAGGGAAGCACUUGAGAGGGUCACCUUUCUGUCCAAGUCUGAGAAGGAGAAGAAGAAAAGUGAAGCUGAUCUAAAUGCUUCAUUGAGUUCUAAGCCUGAAGUUGUGGAUCAUAAGAAAAAGAUGCCAAAGUUGAACAACACCGUAGCCACCAUGGUAGCAAAGAUUCCGAACAGGGAGAGGGAUCGAUGGAUGAGGUUUCAGGAGCCGAUUAGGGUGGUCCAGAAGCAAGUCCAGGUCAAUGCAGAAGGUAAGAACAAUCUGGAUUUUAUGGUUGAGAUGCAAAGCCAUGCAAAGAAUGUUGAGGCAGAACGGAGAUUGAUCAGUGCGUCACAUGCACCCAACGCUCUGGGUCAAAUGGAGAGGGAUGAAAGGGGAGCCCUCAAACGUUCUCAAGGUGGACAUGUUAACGAUGAUGUAGUUGUUGGUAUUUGCUGACAAUUCUCCUAGGACUUGUGAAUCAACUCAAGAUACACGAGGGACAAAGAGAUACUAUGAAGCUGUCAAAGCUAGUGACAUACAAUGAAUCUGUCAAAGGUAGUCACUUAGUACCUAUAUUAUGCAGUUUGAAGUUGAUUGGUGGAUUGUGUACUUUAGAUAGCAUGAUUGAUGUUCAUUUGCUGUUAUUGGAAAUUGUUUAGCACAUUUUGUCCGUACUUCAACUAAUUUCUCUUCAAUGAAAUGUCUUUAUUGUGUCUA